UCCCAUUGGUGCCAUUUGGCAUUUGGGACAAAUGACUCAGAAAUGCAGGAUUUUCCUUCUGUUCAUUGUCUUUCAAGUUGUGAUGGUUGUAGCAAAUACAGUAUCUGAGGAAGCUGCUGCUCUUAAAGCCGUCGCCGAUGGAUUUCAGAACAAACCCGGGAGCUGGAAUGGUUUUGAUCCUUGUGGCAGUGUUUGGCUUGGAGUCAACUGCACUAAUUAUCAUAUCACAAGCAUAAUAUUGCCAAGUGCUGGAGUUACAGGAACUCUAGCUGGAGACAUUGGAAAUCUACCUGAACUGCUAUUUUUAGAUCUUUCUUACAAUCCUGACUUGGGUGGAUCUCUUCCUGCUUCAAUUGGCAAACUACAGAAACUGAAAAACUUAAUCCUUCUUGGUUGUGGUUUUUCUGGUCAAAUUCCACCAGAACUCGGGAAUUUACAAUGCCUAACUAUUCUAGCUCUGAAUGCUAACAAACUCCGCGGGCAGAUACCUCCUGCUCUCGGUAAUCUAUCAAGUCUUUAUUUGUUUGAUAUCACAGGAAAUGAGAUUUCUGGGAGUAUUCCCAUCUCUGAUGGCAUUAAUCCCGGUCUCGAUAUGCUAAGAAGAACCGAGCAUUUCCAUUUUGGCAGUAACAAUUUAUCCGGCAACAUUCCUCCAAAAUUAUUCCACUCCGGCAUGGCUAUCGAGCAUUUGAUUUUUGACAACAAUAACUUCACCGGAAGCAUUCCUUCAACAAUAAACCUAGUGCCAUCAUUAGAAGCUCUGCGUCUUGACGGAAAUAAAUUGACCGGGCUUGUACCUUCCACUCUCAACAGACUUACUAGCAUGAAACAACUGUACUUAUCGAAUAAUCUGUUAACUGGGCCCUUGCCAAACUUAACUGGAAUGAAUGCACUCUCUUAUGUAGACUUGAGUAACAAUUCUUUUGAUGGAUCAGAUGUGCCUCCAUGGUUUUCAAGCUUGCCAUCUUUGACAACAUUAUUACUCGAAAAAUCACAUGUUCAAGGCCAAAUACCAGCAGGACUAUUCAGCUUUUCACCAUUACAGAUUGUGGGGCUGAAAAAUAACCUAUUCAAUGGUACUCUGGUGAUUGAUGCAGACUACAGCACUCAGCUCCAACUAGUGGAUUUACAGAACAAUGACAUCUCAGAUUUCCAUAAUGAUGGUAACUACAAAAAUGUUAUUCUACUCACAGACAAUCCAGUUUGUGGUCAAGGAUCGAACGAAAAGUACUGUGCGGUUCCAACACAAAACAGUGCUCCAUAUUCAACACCUGAUAGUUGCAUUGGCAUUGAGUGUCCUUCAGAACAAGCUCUCAGUCCUAACUGUUUCUGCUCAUACCCAUAUGAAGGCACUCUAUACUUCAGGCUUCUCACUGUCUCUAAUUUACAGAAUAAAACAUACUAUCAGGAUCUUGAGAAACAUCUACUUACCAUGUUCCAAGAUGGAAAGGUUCCUGUGGACUCAGUUGCCAUUCGUGAUCCUAUUAUCGAUGCUACUCACUAUUUGGAGAUCAGUGUUGAAGUAUUUCCUUCGAGAAAGGUGAAGUUUGAUCAAGGAGAUAUUGUCGUGAUAGCUAGUUUUUUCAGUAAUCAAAUCUUGGAGGCUUCCUACUAUUUCGGACUUUAUUAUUUCAUCCCAAAGCCAUACAUUCCUAUUCUGGGUGGAGGAUCAAGUUCAAAAUCAAGCAAUACAGCAGCAAUUGCAGGAGCUUCAAUUGGCGGAGUUGUUGCGCUACUUGUGGUUAUCAGUUUAGUCAUUUCUGUGAUGAUGCAAAAGAAGAAAAAGGCAAAAAAGAAAAUGGAACACGGUUCUCCAUUUGGAUCUUGGGACCCUUCUAAGAGUGGUGAAAGUGCGCCACAACUGAAAGGAGCUAGAUGGUUUUCUUUUGAAGAAUUAAAGAAAUGCACAGACAACUUCUCCGAAUCAAACCACAUUGGCUCUGGUGGUUAUGGAAAGGUGUACAAAGGAACACUACCUGAUGGACAAAUGGUUGCAGUAAAAAGAUCUCAAGAGAAUUCAUUGCAAGGUGGGCAUGAAUUCAAAACUGAGAUUGAGUUGCUAACAAGAGUACAUCAUAAGAAUCUCGUCAAUCUUGUUGGCUUUUGCUUCGACCAAGGCGAACAAAUGUUGGUUUAUGAGUAUCUGCCUAAUGGUACUCUGAAAGAAAGCCUCUCGGGGAUGUCGGUAAUUCGUUUAGAUUGGAAAAAGAGACUAUGGAUUGCACUUGAUGCAGCAAGAGGUCUCUCCUAUCUGCAUUAUCUUGCUGAUCCUCCCAUUGUUCACAGAGAUAUAAAAUCAAACAACAUAUUGUUAGACAGUCACUUACAUGCCAAAGUCGCCGAUUUCGGUCUCUCCAAACCAAUGGCUGAUGACAGAAAGGGCCAUGUCACCACUCAAGUCAAAGGAACAAUGGGAUACUUAGACCCGGAAUACUACAUGACGCAACUAUUAACCGAAAAGAGCGAUGUCUACAGCUUCGGUGUAUUACUGCUUGAGCUAAUAACUGCAAGAAAGCCGAUAGAGAGAAACAAAUACAUUGUGAGAGAAGUAAAAGCAGCCAUUGACAGGAAGAAGGAACUGUAUGGCCUUGGGCAACUUGUUGAUUCAACAAUUGGAUUGUCCAAUACAUUGGCUGGAUUCAACAGGUUUGUGGACUUAGCUUUGAUGUGUGUGGAGGAAUCAGGAACAGACAGGCCUACAAUGAGUGAGGUGGUCAAGCAGAUUGAAAGUAUCAUGCAGCUUGCAGGCAUUAAUCCUAAUCCUGAAUCAGCAUCAACUUCGGCCAGUUACGAUGAUUCUUCGCGAGGCCAUUUGUACGGCAAUGAAGCUCUUGUGAAUUACAGUGGUGCCAUACAUUCACCAAGGUCUGACACCAAGUGAAUUUGGAUGUUUUUUUUAAGUGUGUUUUUCAUCCAUGGUUAGUUCCAUGUCUUUGUUUUGGUUUAUUUGUGUUUGCAUGUAAUUUAUAAGUCUUUGGUUGCUGUAAAAAUUCUG